CUAUCCCUCCUGUAGCGGUGCCAAAGCUCCCGGUUUGGCAGCUGAUAUGCAUUUUAAAAACGAUGUGAUUGCUUUUAUCGGUCCUGCCUGUGCCUUUGCCCUGGAGCCGGUGGCACGUUUGGCUGCCUAUUGGAAUUCACCCAUCAUCACCGGUAUGGGUGAUCAGCCUCCAUCCGAAGGUGAAUUAACGGUGACAUCCGGUAUAUUGGGUCGUAUCCACAAAUGGAAAAAUGAAAGUACGGGCAUGUUUAAGGAUAAAACCAAAUAUCCCACAUUGACACGCAUGUCGUAUUGCCAGUGCCGUUUGAAAUUAGUUUUCGCCAGUGUCUUUCGUCAAUUUAAUUGGAAACAUGUUGCCCUGCUGGUGGAUCGUUCCGAUUUGUUUUCGCUGACGGUGGGUAAAAAUCUGGAAUACGGUCUGCGGCAGGAGGGCCUCCUGAGUUUUGUACGUGAAUUGAAUGGCAAUGAACAGGAACCAUAUGAGCUGUAUUUAAAGGAUGCCAGCAUGUAUGCCAGAGUGGUAAUAUUAUCUGUUCGUGGCACAUUGGUAAGAAAAUUUAUGCUGGCUGCCUAUUCCUUGGGUAUGACAAACGGUGAUUGGGUCUUCUUAGACGUGGAGAUUUUUCAGAGUUCCUAUUGGGGUGAUCACGACUGGGAAAUGGGCGAUGCUGACGAUGGUCGAGCGCGCAAGGCCUACGAGGCCUUAUUAAGGGUAUCUUUGCUGCAACCCUCGAGUCCAAAAUAUCAAGGAUUUGCUGAUAAUGUCAAAGAAAUGGCAUUGAAAAAUUACAAUUACACCUUUGGAGAGGGAGAGGAGGUCAACUUUUUUAUUGGCGCAUUUUACGAUGGAGUCUAUUUGCUGGGCAUGGCCCUGAAUGAAACCUUAAGCGAGGGAGAGGAUAUUCGUGAUGGCAUGGCAAUUACACGUCGUAUGUGGAAUCGUAAUUUCCAUGGUAUUACGGGUCAUGUCCGAAUCGAUGAUAAUGGUGAUCGAGAUGCCGAUUAUUCAAUAUUGGAUUUGGAUCCGAUUAAUGGAAAAUUUGCCGUUGUGGCACAUUAUUAUGGUUUGCAUAGAAAUUAUUCCGGAGUACAUGGUAAGAAAAUUCACUGGCCUGGUGGUAAGGAGGGUCCUCCACCAGAUAUACCAAAAUGUGGAUUCUUGGGUAACUCACCAAAAUGUCAUGGUAAUGAACUUAUUAUUGUCUACGCCAUGUUCGCUUUGAUAAUUUUUUUGGGGUUUACAUUCUUGGUCGUAUAUCUUAUGUGCAAGCAAAUGAAAUUGAAUAAUGAAUUGAAUAACAUGUCGUGGAGGGUGCGACCUGAUGAUGUUCUUCUAGAAGUGGGACGUUUGUAUGGCAGUAAGGUGGGCCUGCAGAAAUUGAAUGCAGAGAAUUUCUCCCUGCAACAAUAUGGUAUACAUUCGGGUCGAGCCUCCAUUGCCAGCUGUACAUCGCUGCCCUUAACCCAGGUCUUUACCACCAUUGGCAUCUUUAAAGGUGAACGUGUCGCUAUUAAGAAAAUCCACAAAAAGAAAGUGGACAUAACCUCCACCCUAUUGUGGGAAAUAAAACAGGCUCGUGAUGUUAGCCAUGAGAAUACAGUACGCUUCGUGGGUGCCUGCAUAGAUUUACCCAGACCAACUGUGUUGAUUUUAACCGAAUAUUGUCCCAAGGGAAGCCUCAAAGAUGUACUCGAAAAUGAAGCCAUACAAUUGGAUUGGAAUUUCCGAAUGUCUUUGAUCCACGAUAUUGUCAAGGGUAUGGCGUAUUUGCAUAACAGUGAUGUUCAGGUCCAUGGUAAAUUGCGUUCCUGUAAUUGUCUUAUUGAUGGUCGAUUUGUAUUGAAAAUUUCGGAUUUUGGUUUAAGGACAUUGACCACGCCUUCGGAAUUUGUUAAGGAUCAAAAUUAUUUUAAUAAAUUCAUGUGGAUUGCCCCUGAGUUACUGCCGUUAACCGUGUUUCCUGGUAAUCCCGCCACCCAAAAGGGUGAUGUCUAUUCGUUUGCCAUUAUUUUGGAGGAAAUCGUGGUACGAGGUGGUCCCUAUGAAACGGCAAGACAAUUUAUGGAUAUCCAAACUAUAUUGAAUCGUGUAGAGUCACAUGAAAGUCCACCGUUUCGUCCAUUUGUCGGUCAGCGUGAUUGUCCCCCCGAUGUGUUGGAUUUAAUGGAAAAAUGUUGGGCUGACCAUCCGGAUGAUAGGCCAGCAUUUGGUGCGAUUCGUUCCACAGUGCGACUGAUUAUGAAAGGCUUCUGUGAAAAUCUCAUGGACGACCUACUGCGGCGCAUGGAACAAUAUGCCAACAAUUUGGAAAGUUUGGUUGAAGAGAAAACCGAACAGCUGAGCAUUGAAAAGAAACGUACUGAAGAGUUACUGUAUCAGGUUCUGCCACGGCCUGUGGCUACCCAAUUGCUGGCCGGUGAAAUGGUACAACCCGAACAAUUCGAAUGUGUAACCAUUUAUUUUAGUGAUAUUGUUGGCUUUACCGCCCUCUGCGCUCAAAGUGGACCCAUGGAAGUGGUCGAUUUUCUCAACGAUUUGUACAGUACUUUUGAUCGUAUCAUUGGAUUCUAUGAUGUCUAUAAGGUGGAAACCAUAGGCGAUGCUUAUAUGGUGGUAUCGGGCCUACCCGAGCGUAACGGGGACAAUCAUGCCCGAGAAAUUGGCCUAAUGGCUUUGGCCAUUUUGGAUGCGGUGAAAAGUUUUAGCAUAAAACACAAGCCAGAAUAUCAAUUGAAAAUCCGAAUUGGUAUACAUUCAGGUCCUGUGUGUGCCGGGGUGGUGGGUCAAAAAAUGCCACACUAUUGUCUGUUUGGAGAUACGGUUAAUACGGCAUCGCGUAUGGAGUCGACUGGAAUGCCUUUGCGCAUUCAUGUCUCUUCGGCGGCAAAGGUGAUUUUCGAUAAAUUCGGUACCUUCGAAAUGGAGCUACGUGGUGAAGUUGAAGUUAAGGGUAAGGGUACCGUGACGACAUAUUGGCUUGUUGGCUGCUCUGAACCAGAUCCGCGACCACCAACACCACACAAAAAUAAUAAUGAUGAUGUCCCCUUUCCUAUUCUAUUUCCGGCUAUUGGAAAAUAA